UAUAGUUUAGUUGACGUGCAACUGUUGUCGUGUCCGGGUGUGUGCGUGUGUGACCCUGUGUUCCUGGAAUAUAUAUGGCGUUAAACUUUUUCUACUUCGAUUGGCUACGAUCCACCGUCCUUCGGAAUAUUCUUACGAAUCUCAUGUGAUGUCUUGAAUUGGAAGUGUGAAUUUGAGUUGUACUUUUGCACUGGAAAUGAGUCUACGAGGGAAACAAAAUUACAAAAAGUUAUAGCCUACUUUUGCUUGUCUUUGUGACUUGUCAUGGCAAGGAUUAUCAGUGGGAAAUAUCUUGGACGUCUGGAAACUUUUCAUUUGUUUCGCUUCACGUGAGGAAAACGGCGAAAAUUCCAAAUUUCAACAGAAAGAUGGGGUGGGGGGUUCUGGAGGCGGUCCAGGAAGAAGAGGUGUGCAGCCUGGAGGAGGCCCGGAGGGCCCUCACGGAGCUGAGGGAGAGGAACAAGACGCAGUCGCAUCUUUUGGUCGCCUGGAAAAGAAGACUCAAGCAACAAAACAUGAUGCUGGCCCAUCUGCAGCGUGAACGUGAUGAUCACCUAAGAAAAAUCCAGUCCCAGUUGAUGCUUUUUGAGUCUCAGUUACGUCGUCGCCAGAAGGAAGUAGCAGCCAUUUUGCAGGAAAAGGACUCUACCAUACGACAACAGCAACAAAUCAUUUUGUCUCUUUCAAGAGCCCUCAAUGCAAGCCAAAAAGCACGUACGAUUUCCGAGUCUGACAUGAAAGACAAACGGCAGCCCUGUGACACAACAAAUGAAACCAAAAAUACCUGUGAAAAGGAUAGAAAUGAAGACAACCAGAGAGGAGACGAAAAGACUUCGAUCACAUCACUAACAAAGGGUGACCAAGAAAAUCUUAAUGAUAGUGAUAGUGCUAUCAUGCUUGAGGAGAACUUGGAUUCCCUUAUUCUUAUUCCCCUGGGCAAGGGAGAGGUGAAAGUUGUGAGAAGUGUGUCAGAUGCUGUGGAAGUUGCUAAUAGGUCGUCAAGUGUUGCAUCCCCUACAGUUCCUGCAGCUUCAUCGUUAACAUCACCCCAAAGUACAGACAGUUCGCUCUUGAAACCUGGUUUUUCGUCCAGUACAGGUGGUGGUUCACUGUCAACCUCCCCAUCCUGUUCAAGCGAAGAGAGUGACGAUAGCCCUGUGUGCACAUUGACUAAAGGUCGAAUGGAGCUAUUACGAACGGUUUACAGUUUAGACGAAGAGGAAAUUUCUCACGCGAGGCAGGAUCAAGACCUCCUAGAGGACAACCCUCUUACUCCUUUGAGUGAACCUGUUACACCUUCGUUACACUCUAUUCUCAAGUCUACGUCACAUUAUGAUUCGGAUGCAACUCUCAGUGAUGGGGACAGCGAUGAUGAUGAUGAGGAAGAUAGCUCUAGCCAUCACGACGAUUCUUGUAGUGACAGGAGGCGGCUGCUGGGGUCAUACGAAAAGUUAAAUACUCUUGUAGCUCCUGUGAAACCAAAGCCUGAAGAUGAAAUCCAAGUCACCUACAAUAGAGUUAUGAGUAAUCAUAGGUCUGUCACAAAACCCAAAGAUGUGAAAUACAGAAGAAUCAACAAAGCAAAGUCGAGAUCGCUUGAAGAGCUUAGAGGAAAGCUCAAGUACUGGACAGAUCGAGGGGGCAAACAGUCGUUAUCUGUAGAUUUAGAUAACCAUUCCUUUGCCUAACACUUACAAAGAAAGGAGUGCAAGUGUAGAUGAAAGUAAAGUUUCUUUGUUUGAUGGUCAGAUAGAAAAGAAACCUUGAAAAGACAGUUGAAAUCUUAGAAUAUGAGUGUUUGUUCUAGAGACAAUUUAUAGCAGUCAGGGCAUUUGGUUUUGUCAUGAUAUUGUGUGGAAGAGCUUAUCUGAAUUUUAUUUCACUGAAGAAAACUGCUUUAAGAGUAUAGAAAAUACUGAAGCUACCAAAGCGGCCUAAAAAUCAAGAUUCCAUUAUCUCUCUCCCUUACAUAUCAGAAAUUAUUUUUGAUUAAAAAAGAUGGCAUACAUCAAAGCUGACUAACUCAGAAUGUUUGGACAUUGAGAAUGAAAUGUAGUUAAUCCCCUUGGAUGCUGAUUUAGGCAUGAUUUUUUUUUUUUUUUUUUGUUCCAUUCAACAUUACAAAUUAAGUUUUCUUUCCCUCUUGUCUGAAGAAGAAAAGACCAUGAAAGAGGAAGCUUUGAAGUGAGCCAGUGCUGAAUCAAGGCCUUUAAAGUCCUACUCUGUUUCAUUCAUUGAGAGAUUGUCAUUGAAAUACAUUUGUCUUAAAUACAAUAACUGGCAAAAAGAUACCAGUGGGAUAUUAUAGUGAAUAACAGUGAAUUGUUUGUUAGAAAUAGCUCUUGAAUACAUGGAAUACUGAAAUAGUUACCAGUAAUAUCCAAACCAACUUGAGUGAAUAUCAAGGAAGUAGAGGAUUCCAAAUCUUGUCCUGUAGGACUAGAUAAUGAGGCCAUUCAUUAAAAACUGCUUUUAGUAAACAGUGCAAAAUCGAAGACCUUUUUUGAGUAAUGAAGAAAUAACUUAUGAACAGAGACAGCUGACAGGGUGCGAAUCCUCUCUGAUCCAUUUGCCAAUACUAGUCUUACUUAUUAGUUUAGUCAGAUUUUUAAACUCUAUUUAUAGACAAAAAGGUCUCUAACUAGGUUUUGAAUCUGUAAAAUUCCAUUGGUUAUAUAUAGAUGUUAGUCUUUUAAUGUUAUAUUGUUCUCAUUCUUUAUUCAUUUGUCAUUUUUCCCACCGUUCCCUGGCAUAGUGUAUUCGACCCCAGAUAUGUAUCCUCUUACUUGGUGUCUAUGUGUAAUUGUUCUAUCUGAACUAUAUUUCCUUAAAAACACAAGAGCUACUUUUGCAUUCAAACUAGAAUGGUUUUCAGUUGUUUAUUUCAUUUAGAUAUUAUAUAAAUUAAUUCAAUCAGGCACAGACAAAACAUUUCAGGUAUUGCAUGACAACCUCCUGUUGCAUGAAAAACCAAAUUACUAGCCAGUCUAAAGUAUGUGAAAGUUUAAGGAAUUAUGCAUAUUUUGCAAAUUGCAAGUUUUUACUCUACGUACUACCAAGGGAUCAAGAUCAACACUGCUAUGUCUGUUUUCUUUAAGGAUACUUUAUUCACUCAGAUUUUACACCAACUCCUCUGUAUAACCUCCAUAGAUUCUUGACCAGCUUGCUUCUCCUCAAAUUAGUAAUGCUUCCCCUUAUAAAUAUGAAUCAUGCUUUUUACAAGAUGCCAAGCUAUAGCAGGUGCAUUUUUCUGGUGGACGAAAACAGAUUUUUCACCCUUUCUCCUUUGGUUGUAUGAGCUACAGAAGGCAAGUGCUUGAUAGUUCUCUCUUCUGUAGUGGUAAGGUUUUCCAUACAAAUACAUUUAUAUAUAUAUUUCACCCACUUCUCAUAACUUUUUCUCUUUGGUGAGGUUAUUAAAGCUUUAAUAAAUUCCUAUUCAUAAAACAUAGUCUUGAAAUGUUCCUGCGCCUCAUUACACUUGUGUAUGUAAUGUAUAUACAGUAUUUGACUGAUGUGAUAUGUAAUAUAAUUCUAAAUAAGAUUUUUUAUUAAAAUU